AACAAUCUGGCUAAUCGAAUGCAUCUCGUUCUACUUUUGUCGUCCACUGAUGCGAACUUUGUUGGAUUGUCAUUCUUACUGUCAUCUUUACUGUCGCUUUAUUUCAUCAUUGAUUGUUGUUCGAAUUGAAAGGCAGAACAAAUGAUGAUUCAAGUCGAACAUUUCUAUGUAGGCCGUAUUUUAUUUCUGUCGCUUUGUCUAUGCCAAAGGGGAGCGUUGCAGAAUGUUCCUCCUCCCGGGGUUCCUCUGGGUAUGGAAAGUGGAGCCAUCCCGGAUUCAAGCCUGACAGCAUCUUAUGUACAUCCGGGAUUAGGCCCCGAGAGAGCACGCCUGAACACAGGUACAGCCUGGUUUGGAGGUAUUACUAGCACUCAACAAUGGAUCCAGGUUGACCUGUCUACUACUUAUCGCAUCACUGGAGUUGCAAUACAAGGUCGUCAAAACAUUAACCAAUGGGUUACAAGCUUUAAGGUAGCAUGCAGCAUAGACGGUAUUACGUUCGAUAUAGUACAAGACGCCCUCAGCGAGCCCGUAGCCGAUAAGGUCUUCGUGGGCAAUACGGACGCUAACACGGUGGUGUAUAACACAUUGCCCUCGGUUAAAGUAUGCCAGUAUGUACGUCUGCUACCAAUCAGAUAUCAUGCCGCGCCUAUGCUACGUAUUGAACUAUAUGGAGAAGGACCAGUACGAGAAAAUCUGGAAGCAGGACUGAUCAUCUCUUUACUUCAUGGUAAUGCACCGGGAGGAGGUCUCGUUCUCAUAGAUGAUGGUUCAAGCAUGGGGCUUCUAUGCGCGGAUUCUUGGAAUCUCCAGAGCGCUCAGGUGGUUUGUCGUUUGCUCGGCUUCAUUGGGAUUGAAUCAUUCACUCAACGUGACUUCACAGAUUCUGGCUUGUAUGACUUUGCUGAAGAUGACAUCGCAUUUGGACGACACUAUAUUGAAAAAAAGUCAAUAAGAACAAAUGAUUUCCUCUUGUUACAUGGUGAAGUACGUCUUGUGGAAGGCACCUCGGAUUCUGAAGGCCGUGUGGAGGUCAGCUACAACGGAGAAUGGGGAACUGUUUGUGAUAAUGGUUGGGAUACAAACGACGCCAGCGUGGUCUGUCGAUCUCUCGGUUUUGCUGGUGCUCUUGAAGCUGUAUCAUCAGCUGGAUUCGGCCAAGGCACUGGAACCAUCGUCCUUGAUGACGUCAAUUGCUCUGGAGAAGAAUCGAGUCUCUUUGAAUGCUCGAAUCUAGGUCUUGGAGUCAAUAACUGUGGCCAUUCAGAAGAUGCUGGAGUUCGUUGUCUAGUGCUUGGAGAUGGUGAGGUACGUCUUGUGGGAGGCACCUCGGAUUAUGAAGGCCGUGUAGAGGUCAGCUACAACAGAGAAUGGGGAACUGUUUGUGAUGAUGGUUGGGAUAUAAACGAUGCCAGCGUGGUCUGUCGAUCUCUCGGUUUUGCUGGUGCUCUUGAAGCUGUAUCAUGGGCUGGAUUCGGCCAAGGCACUGGAACCAUCGUCCUUGAUUACGUCAAUUGCUCUGAAGAAUCGAAUCUCUUUGAGUGCUCGAAUCGAGGUCUUGGAGUCAAUACCUGUGGCCAUUCAGAAGAUGCUGGAGUUCGUUGUCAAGUGCUUGAAGAUGGUGAAAUACGUCUUGUGGGAGGCACCUCGGUUUCUGAAGGCCGUGUAGAGGUCAGCUACAACGGAGAAUGGGGAACUGUUUGUGAUGAUGGUUGGGAUACAAACGAUGCCAUCGUGGUCUGUCGAUCUCUCGGUUUUGCUGGUGCUCUUGAAGCUGUGUCAUCGGCUGGAUUCGGCCAAGGCACUGGAACCAUCGUCCUUGAUGACGUCAAUUGCUCUGGAAACGAAUCGAUUCUCUUUGAAUGCUCGCAUCGAGGUCUUGGAGUCAAUAACUGUGGCCAUUCAGAAGAUGCUGGAGUUCGUUGUCCGGUACUUGAAGAUGGUGAGGUACGUCUUGUAGGAGGCACCUCAGAUUCUGAAGGCCGUGUAGAGGUGAGCUACAACGGAGAAUGGGGAACUGUUUGUGAUGAUGGUUGGGAUACAAACGAUGCCAGCGUGGUCUGUCGAUCUCUCGGUUUUGCUGGUGCUCUUGAAGCUGUAUCAUCGGCUGGAUUCGGCCAAGGCACUGGAACCAUCGUCCUUGAUGACGUCAAUUGCUCUGGAAACGAAUCGAGUCUUUUUGAAUGCUCGCAUCGAGGUCUUGGAGUCAAUAACUGUGGCCAUUCAGAAGAUGCUGGAGUUCGUUGUCCGGUACUUGAAGAUGGUGAGGUACGUCUUGUGGGAGGCACCUCGGAUUCUGAAGGCCGUGUAGAGGUAAGCUACAACGGAGAAUGGGGAACUGUUUGUGAUGAUGGUUGGGAUACAAACGAUGCCAGCGUGGUCUGUCGAUCUCUCGGUUUUGCUGGUGCUCUUGAAGCUGUAUCAUCGGCUGGAUUCGGCCAAGGCACUGGAACCAUCGUCCUUGAUGACGUCAAUUGCUCUGGAAACGAAUCGAGUCUCUUUGAAUGCUCGCAUCGAGACCUUGGAGUCAAUAACUGUGGCCAUUCAGAAGAUGCUGGAGUUCGUUGUCCGGUACUUGAAGAUGGUGAGGUACGUCUUGUGGGAGGCACCUCGGAUUCUGAAGGCCGUGUAGAGGUAAGCUACAACGGAGAAUGGGGAACUGUUUGUGAUGAUGGUUGGGAUACAAACGAUGCCAGCGUGGUCUGUCAAUCACUCGGUUUUGGUGGUGCUCUGGAAGCAGUCUCAUCAGCUUCAUUCGGCCAAGGCACUGGAACCAUCGUUUUUGAUGACGUUAAUUGCUUUGGAAUCGAAUCGAGUAUCUUUGAGUGCUCGAAUCGAGGUCUUGGAGUCAAUAACUGUGGCCAUUCAGAAGAUGCUGGAGUUCGUUGUCUAGUGCUUGAAGAUGGUGAGGUACGUCUUGUGGGAGGCACCUCGGAUUCUGAAGGCCGUGUAGAGGUAAGCUACAACGGAGAAUGGGGAACUGUUUGUGAUGAUGGUUGGGAUACAAACGAUGCCAGCGUGGUCUGUCAAUCACUCGGUUUUGCUGGUGCUCUUGAAGCUGUAUUAUCGGCUGGAUUCGGCCAAGGCACUGGAACCAUCGUCCUUGAUGACGUCAAUUGCUCUGGAAACGAAUCGAGUCUCUUUGAAUGCUCGCAUCGAGGACUUGGAGUCAAUAACUGUGGCCAUUCAGAAGAUGCUGGAGUUCGUUGUCCGCUUGUUACAGAUGGUGAGGUACGUCUUGUGGGAGGCACCUCGGAUUCUGAAGGCCGUGUAGAGGUGAGCUACAACGGAGAAUGGGGAACUGUUUGUGAUGAUGGUUGGGAUACAAACGAUGCCAGCGUGGUCUGUCGAUCUCUCGGUUUUGCUGGUGCUCUUGAAGCUGUAUCAUCGGCUGGAUUCGGCCAAGGCACUGGAACCAUCGUCCUUGAUGACGUCAAUUGCUCUGGAGAAGAAUCGAGUCUCUUUGAAUGCUCGCAUCGAGGUCUUGGAGUCAAUAACUGUGGCCAUUCAGAAGAUGCUGGAGUUCGUUGUCCGGUACUUGAAGAUGGUGAGGUACGUCUUGUGGGAGGCACCUCGGAUUCUGAAGGCCGUGUAGAGGUGAGCUACAACGGAGAAUGGGGAACUGUUUGUGAUGAUGGUUGGGAUACAAACGAUGCCAGCGUGGUCUGUCGAUCUCUCGGUUUUGCUGGUGCUCUUGAAGCUUUAUCAUCGGCUGGAUUCGGCCAAGGCACUGGAACCAUCGUCCUUGAUGACGUUAAUUGCUUUGGAAUCGAAUCGAGUAUCUUUGAGUGCUCGAAUCGAGGUCUUGGAGUCAAUAACUGUGGCCAUUCAGAAGAUGCUGGAGUUCGUUGUCUAAUGCUUGAAGUCAAUAAGAACAAAUUAUUUCCUCUUGUUACAUAUGGUGAAGUCCGUCUUGUGGGAGGCACCUCGGAUUCUGAAGGCCGUGUAGAGGUCAGAUACAAUGGAGAAUGGGGAACUGUUUGUGAUGAUGGUUGGGAUACAAACGAUGCCAUCGUGGUCUGUCGAUCUCUCGGUUUUGCUGGUGCUCUUGAAGCUGUAUCAUCGGCUGGAUUCGGCCAAGGCACUGGAACCAUCGUCCUUGAUGACGUCAAUUGCUCUGGAAUUGAAUCCAGUCUCUCUGAAUGCUCGAAUCAAGGCCUUGGGGUGAAUAACUGUAGCCAUUCAGAAGAUGCUGGAGUUCGUUGUCUUGUGCCUGAAGAUGGUGAGGUACGUCUUGUGGGAGGCACCUCGGAUUCUGAAGGCCGUGUAGAGGUGAGCUACAACGGAGAAUGGGGAACUGUUUGUGAUGAUGGUUGGGAUACAAACGAUGCCAUCGUGGUUUGUCGAUCUCUCGGUUUUGCUGGUGCUCUUGAAGCUGUAUCAUCAGCUGGAUUCGGCCCAGGCACUGGAACCAUCGUCCUCGAUGACGUCAAUUGCUUUCGAAACGAAUCGAGUCUCUUUGAAUGCUCGCAUCUAGGACUUGGAGUCAAUAACUGUGGCCAUUAUGAAGAUGCUGGAGUUCGUUGUCUAGUGCUUGACGGUAUGUUUAAAUGA